AUGGAUGCCGCUAGCGCCGAUCCGAUCACGCCUGGCGAUAGCGAGCGAGGGAAGAGCGUGCUUCAGGCUCCCACAUUGUCCACGACUGCCCGAUCUCAGAUCUCAUCUCCAUCGUCUGCAGCCAACGCUGCUUUGCCAGGGUCGAUGCAAGCAGCAUCGCCCAUCCUGCCCACGGCCGUUCCUCAUCGAACCUCUUCCUUUACUAACCUCGGCCCUCACUCUCGCCCAUCCACCAGCACAUCUGUAUCCUCUUCUUAUUCGCCCGACUUUGGAGCGAGAUCCAGCUCUGUGAUAGCUGCCAACAGACCGCCUCUACCUGCUCUAUCGGUGCCUCAGCCUGCUGCUGCUGUCAACAGUAUGACCAGUCCAGCUCCCAGCACUGGACCGAGUCAAAGCUCUACGUCUGGCAGCGGCAGCGGCAGCGCUUCUCAAGGUCAUUUGGGAGGUGUGCAAGUCAUCGGCAUGACACCUCCUUCUGCUUCGUCGUCGUCAUCUACUGCUGGCAGGACAGAUCAGUACGGGCAGCUGCUGGGCAAUGAGUCGACAGACUCCUCUGGCGGAUCAAGAGUCGCGCUGGGAGCCUUCAGUCCUUCGGGUGCCAUCUCCGAGCUGCCUCCUCUAGGAUCUGCGAGAGGCAGCAGCAAGGGUCCCUUGGGUCACGCUGGAUCGCCAUCAGCACCGCGGUCUACUCGCCUGAGCCACAAAGACUCGUUCGGAGGUACGCUGACCGCAUCCAGCAGUUCGAGUGGUCUUGGAUCCGCAUCAAGCACCGCCGUGCGCACGCGCGUGUCGAAGCCUUCGAAUCUUCAAGCCAUUGCCAGGUCCAACGACACCAGGUUAGCGACCAGUUCGCGUUCAGAACCAUCAGCUGGGCUGGAUGAGCAGGCCGAAGACGAGCUCGACGGCAUGGCUCGUGGGGAAGAGGAGGAAGAGGAGGAAGAGGAAGAAAUGGCGAGCGCUCAUGAAGGCGAGAUUGAAGGCUCUAUAGACGGGGCUGAAGCGACGCACGACUCAUAUAGGGAAGCCUUCUCUUCCUCUGCUCGUAUACGGCCGCUACCAGUCGUCGGCUCGAUAAUUGAAGAAAGUGGAACACCCAGCACAUCGACCCCCGCUCAUCAAGCCAGCUCGGGCGAUGGUCCUUCCCGCUCAACAGCGCCUACCAACUCCAAGGCCCACGACGCAUCAACAGUGAUGGAUACUCCCGCAGCAGGACCAGGUGGCCCAAGCAGCCAGCACGAGGCCUCCUUUGCAGCCUCGCACUCGAAGAACACCACGCUACCAGGCGCGUACACCGCGACAACAUCCGAAGCUCGAUCAGCAGGAGCAAUUCCUGUAUCGGCUACCAGCACGCCUGCCACUAUCGGCCCAGGAGCGCAGGUCGCCAACUCUGCAUUUGUGGGCGGUAGCGCAGGCGCACCACCGGCAUCAGCACCCGCCGGCACCACAGACUUGACGGUUGCCUCCCGGUCUGCUCGCGCCGCUGGUGGCUCGAUCCGACGCGAACACAGGAGUGGAGGGGCCGAGAGCUCGACUGAUGCUGCGCAAAGUAACGCCUCGCGCAGCGGAGCCACCAGGUCCGCUACCAGUACUCUGAGAACCACUACAGCAGGCUCGACUUCGCGUCAAGGAGGGAGCACGCGGAUUGCUGAAGCUGCAACAACGAGCGGAGAUCGUGCAGUCGUCAACUCUGCUAGCAAAUCCCAGUCGUCUUCGAGAGCUUUACCAGCCUUGCCCAGCGCACCCGGUCUCACUGCGGCCCCGCCGCCAGCCAUGUACUGGUCCAAAGCGCCCGUGCAUGGAUCCGUGCCCCGAAGAAGUUUCAGAGCUCACACAGCCAGUCUAGCUGAUGAAGUACUGUGGCUGUUUGGUGGAUGCGACUCGAAAGGUUGCUUUCGGGACCUUUGGUGCUUCGACACUGGUGAGAUUGAUCAGCGGCGCUUGUCCAUUGCUUUCCGGCCUAGCUCACGCCCGUGUUCGUCUUGACAGAAACCAUGUGCUGGUCCAAGCCGAAAGUCACUGGGGACCUUCCGCCCCCCAGACGCGCUCAUAGCGCGACUAUGGUCGAUCGAAGACUCUUCGUCUUUGCGGGUGGCGAUGGACCACACUACUACAAUGAUCUGUAUGUCUUCGACACCGUGUCGUUGAGGUGGUCCAAGCCGGUAGUCUCUGGCACGGCACCGUCUCCACGCCGUGCGCAUACGAGCAACUACUGGAAUGGUCAGUUGCUCAUCUUUGGCGGUGGCAAUGGUGUUGGUGCGCUCAACGAUGUGUUUGCGCUCGACAUUGGCAACAUGGACAGGCUGGAGUGGAAAAAGGUCGAAUGUCAGGGCAAGAUUCCGAUAGGACGAGGUUACCACACCAGCAACCUCAUUGACGGCAAGCUCAUCGUCAUUGGCGGUAGCGAUGGGCACAUGAGCUUCAACGAUAUCCACAUUCUGCGUCUUGGUGAGUGCCUGCAUGUGCUCAUUGGGGCUGGUUGAGGCUGAUGUUGUCCCUUUUGCGCAUCGCAGACACGAAAGUGUGGUAUCAAGUCAAGACGGACGAGAUACACAAUCGGCUAGGACACACUGCCACGCAGGUAGGCUCAUACUUGUUCGUCAUCGGUGGGCACAACAGCCACAACUAUACACCAGAAAUCCUCACCUUGAAUCUAGGUGAGUGCGAAAGCUACAGCGAUUGUGUGCUGUGCUACGUGCAAAAGUCAGGCGUCAUGGAGCGCUCUUUUGACACCAUCGCUCGUCGCGAAAUUUCUGCAGUCAAUCUGCAGUGGGAGCCACGUCGUGUUUGCGGCAGGAAACCGCCGGGUCGAGGCUAUCACCAAGCGUGGCUGAGAGAUUCUCGGCUCUUUAUUCACGGCGGUUUCGACGGAAAGGAGAUUUAUGACGAUUUGUACUACGUCGAUUUGGCCGCUUGCGCUUACUUGCCCCAGAUCACCAGCUUUUCAGUCGAGGUGAGAUGCACAGGGAAAUCUAUUUCGUACGACGUGAAGCUGAUGAAUUUUGCCUUUUUCGUCUUUGUGCGCUCGGUCAUGCAGCUCGACGACGAAUGA